AUGCAUUGCUGGCCGAGUCUGGUCCUCAGCGCCCUGCUGGUGGCCCUGGGGCUCCUGCUCCUGUGGCUGCACCUCCACCGGCCCGUUUGCUACGGGAAGCACGAGCUGCAGCAGCGGCACGACGAGGAGCGGAAGGACGGAGCGGGAGCGGACAGAGCCGAGAAGCCGCCGCCGCCGCGCCGCGCCUGUCUGCCCGCGCGCUACGCCUGGUUCCUGCAGGAGCUUCCCGCUCUCCUGGUGCCCGCGCUCUUGCUGGCGCUUCGCAGCCCGCCCCGCCUGGCGCCCCUCGGCUGCAGGCUGCUGGUGGGCAUGUUCUGCGGCCACUACUUCCACAGGACAUUCAUUUACCCAUUCCUGAUCAGAGGCAGGCCUUUCCCCCUGAAGUUGCUGGUUUCUGGUGUGCUCUUCUGUAUUUUUAAUGGCUUCCUUCAAGGUUACCACAUGAUUUACUGCGCUGAAUACCCUGACGACUGGUGCAACGACAUAAGAUUUACUUCAGGCACUGUGUUGUUUUUGUUUGGCAUGGGAAUCAAUAUUCACAGCGAUAGCCUCCUUCGCCAGCUCAGAAAACCUGGCGAGCAGACUUACAAAAUUCCACAAGGAGGUCUGUUUGCAUAUGUAUCAGGAGCAAAUUAUUUUGGUGAAAUACUGGAAUGGUUUGGCUAUGCUAUAGCAACCUGGUCUCUCCCAGCACUUUCCUUUGCACUUUUUACACUCUGCUGCAUUGGGCCUCGUGCCUACCAUCACCACAGGUAUUACCUUAGGAAGUUCACCAGCUAUCCAAGAUCAAGAAAAGCCUUGAUUCCUUUUAUAUUCUAA